UUAUUUAUGUCAAUGUGCUUUGUUAUAUGGGUUUGAUAUAUUGUUUCUAUCGUGCUCCUUUUUAUUAGCUUAUAUAUUUAAAUUGUUGAGUUUGUUAUGUGAAUUACGUCCAAAUUUACAAGCCAUCUAAUUAAAGGGCCUCUUAUUACAAUAGUAAAGAUAUUUCGUAUAAAGUGAUUAUAUUUUUUUCUGUUUGUUUAUUAUAGAAAACAAAGUGUCGUCAAUUUCUUUGUUCACUGAUUUAUUAUUACGAAGAUGUACUUGAAAAUCCUAUGUCUUGUUACGUUUUUGUACGCAAGCCCAGGUUUAUCAUUCAAACCUGUAGUUUUAAUACAUGGAAUUAUGACAGGAAGCAACAGCAUGGAAAUGAUUUUGCAUAGAAUUAAAGAGAAACAUCCAGGAACAAUUAUUUACAAUGUGGACAGGUUCGAGAGUUGGUCUAGUUUGGAAACAAUGUGGCACCAAGUAUUGGAGAUUGGCCAGGAUGUGGCCAACAUAUCAGCUAAACACCCUGAAGGGAUAAAUCUUAUUGGAUAUUCUCAAGGCGGUCUCGUCGCACGAGGCAUAGUGCAGACAUUUUCUAAUAUCACCAUUGAUACAUUUAUUUCGUUAAGUUCACCACAGGCUGGACAAUAUGGAGCUGGUUUCCUCCACUUAGUGUUUCCGGGUCUCGUGAAAGAUGAAGUCUACGAAUUGUUCUACUCUCGAGUUGGGCAGCACACGUCCGUUGGGAAUUAUUGGAACGAUCCGUACCACCAGCAGCUGUAUGAGACUUACAGUGUAUUCCUGCCUUACCUCAAUAACCAUUUACAGUCCGCAGAAUCGCAAAACUUCAAAAACAAUCUUCUGAAACUAAAGAGACUGGUGCUAAUUGGCGGUCCCGAUGACCAAGUUAUAACGCCCUGGCAAAGCAGCCAAUUCGGCUACUAUCACGGCAACGAGACUGUGGUGGAAAUGAAGGACCAGGCAAUAUACAAGGAGGACCUUAUUGGACUGCGGACGCUCAACGAGAGCGGUCGACUGCAUCUAGUCACAGUGCCGGGCGUCAACCACUUCAACUGGCACACUAAUGUCACGAUAGUGGACAAUUAUUUAUUGCCAUAUUUAGAUUAAAAAUAUAUUUAUUACAUUAUAUUCUCACCCCCUUAUUCAUAAAAAAGUUUAAAAUAGACAAAAUGUUAUAAAAAAAUAUUUAAAGUUCAUUUUAAUUUUAUAGAUAGACUCUAAAACGAAAAUUUCAAUUUGAUACUGCAGGGAAAUUAUAAAUUUAUAAUUAUAAAAAAAUAUUCAAAGUAUAAAUAUAUAUAAUAAAUAUAUAUAUAAAGUAGUUAGGCUCUUGCUCGCUUCACAACCGCUCAUGAUUAAGGGUCACGAAUUGAUUCCGAAACUUAUUGAGCUUUCUCGAUCUAAUUGCACUUAAGUUAAACGGGUAUUACAUUAAACAUUUAAAGUAUAAACAAAAUUUUUAGUUCAUUAAUGGUUUUGCUAAACUAAAAGCUAGAAUUGUGAUUUUAGAAAUAAACUUAGUGAAUGCUACCUCAGAAUUGAUCCUAAUAGUUAUUUUAGCAACUGUUUAGCUUAUAUUUUGUCUUUAUGAUAAAAUAUAACAAAUGAAAUGUUUCUAAGAAGUAUUUGUUUUUAUGAAUAAGGCGGUUCGAAUAAUAUCAUCUAGAUAAUGUUUCAUUACAGACGCUUUUUAAACUCUUUUUUUUAUUUAAUAUUAAAAAAAAAUAUAUUAAUCUUUUAAUCGCAGACAGAACAUUUGAACCAAAUACUAACGGUAUACCAAUUUGUUUGAUAGUUGGUUGAGCCGUUAAAGUGCCAAAAAAAACAUGUUUUUGUAAUUUUUUUCAUUGAUUGGUUUUUUAUACGUUUUCUCAUGUUCAACGCUCCAUCUAGAUGCACACGACCUAAUUAGACCUCAAAUUGAAUAAUUCACGUUUGCAAUAAUCAACAAAUUGUUAAUUAUGAUUUUUUUACUAAAUACCUAGACUUAUAUUAUAUAAAACUAUAUAUAAAAUACUUGAUUUGGCACAAAAUCGAUAAAACCGAUCGACAAAGCUUACACUUAUAUAUUAUUUUCUAUACUAGUUGUAUCUUUCGACUUUGACUGUAUAAAUUAAUAUGAAGUAUUAUUCAUCUGUAUAUAUAUUUAAUAUAAAAAAAAACUUAAAUAUUUCUCCCAAGAAUGUACUUUUAUGUAAUUAUACAUAUGUGAACCAUCUGUAUAGAACCACUAUGAAUUACUUACUUCAUUGAGAAAAAAAAAUUAAAUGUCAGUAGUUAGAGUUUUACAUAAUCUGUUUUUUUUUUCAUCAUGAUGAUGAUGAUUAUUAUACAUUCUCAUAUUUUUUAUAUACAUAUAUAUAUACAUAUACUCACGUUUUUAUUGAAAUAACAGUGAAUAAUAACAUAA